AUGGAGGCGGACGGAGGAGGCAAGGGCAUGCGCGACGGACGACAGAGGACGCUCGACAGAUGCAAUGGUGCAAACGCAAGGAGAUGGGGUUUGCGGAAACGCUGUUGGUUUGGCUGUCAAUCCGGCCCGGACUGCCACUUCUACGACGACCAUGUCGGCAGCAUGCCUGCCAACCUCACUGGUGACGAGGUGCGCAGCAUCGGUGCCGCCCAAGUCGACUCAUACGGCCGGCAGCAAGGGAGCAGCCAGACGCCAAUCUCCAUUCAUUCCUCGCCAGAAGAGAAAGGUAACGAGGACUACGAUUGCCAAGACACCACAACGGGACAAGAGGGAGGUGACAACACAAGCGAGGAUGCAGAAUGUAUCACCGACAGCGAUAGCUCGUCAGAGGAAGGGGAUGGCAGCGAGGCAGGAAGCACUUACGAGCCCAACAGACCUGCUAAGAGAGGCAAAAACGGUAAGGGCAAGAAGAGGAGGCGUCGCCAAAGGCUUGUCGACGCUCGUGAGGAGCUAAUCAAGCGGCACUGCGGAGCAUGCGAACGCUGGACGCUGGACGGAGCCCAAGCACGCGACCUCGUCAAGCCGUCCGCCUACCUUCAAGUCGAUGCCAACAUCCGUGCCGAGUUUUGUGGCCCAGACUUUGCCGGCCCCGCUUCAAGCACGUCUCAGCUAGCUCCUGCCGACGAUCACCACGCUCCGAUUGCAGCCCGCACUGCCUCCAACGUCAACAUUUCUGAGGAUGGCAAUUCCCACGGUAUCUCCAAUCGACACAUCAGCCCCAUCCCGGAGCAUCAUCCGCGCAAGCGCAAUGCGGACGAAGCCGGACUAACACCGGCUAGUGAUUCUCACCCGUCACACAACACGCCCGUGAUGGUGCCCGGAACGCCAAUGCCCUCGGAAGCCAGUGUCCGACAGGCCUGGGCCGAUAUUGAGCCGCCUGCGGACACCGCAGCCUUGAAGACGAGUAUCACUCGAGGCUACGUUUUUCGCGCUUUAUGGUAUGCACGCUCGCUCCACCACCCUUUCGCCCGAGGAGAAGAGGGUGGCGAAGAAGACGGAGGCCUUGGACGUGUUCUUGGACUUGGUGGCCAGAGAGCUCAACUUUCGUGCCAGCUUCACCGACACCUUUGGCGAGUUAUCCGAGACCAUGCGCCAGUAGCUUCUGUCUCAGUCCGCUCUGGAAUGAAAACUGAGAGCAGGCAAGGACGAGCAAGGAAUGGCGAGCUGAUCCGUCACAGAACCACUGGAUUGCGCUCAAUGAUCUUCCAGUCAAUCCACUCGGGCGUCUGCGCAGGUGUUCUUGCUGCUGCUCAUCGAGAGUCCUUGAGCAAGAGCUCUAUGGGAAUCGAGUGCGGAAAGGCUGAGCAGCACGAGCACGUUUCGCGCGUUCAGACAUCCGUGUCAAGUCGCCUUUCCCCUUUCCCUUCUCUGUACCGCAUCACUCCUCCCUUCUCUUCUUGCCUCUCUCUCCACCACUCGCAUACGCAAAAGGGCCAAGGCGUAGGGACGAGAUUUUGGCUGGACCAUCAGCACCAGCGCCAGUCCCGCAUCUUCAAGACCAUCGUAGUGAAGCUUGGUAAGUCUGGUUGGAGAACGAUUUGCUGUGCGGGCAACAAAGCAUCUGGCUCCCUAAAGGCAAAGGAAGAGCUUGCAGCCGAGCUUAGCACCUUCAACGAGUUCGAGGUUCAGGCUGUCGCAGACAAUGAAGUGCUCUUCGCAUUCGUUGAAGGUGUCGAGCGUGCCUGGUGUCAGGCGAGCGCCUCAGAGUCGGUCGCGCAACUGCGCCAUCGACCUAAGGCAUCCGUUGCCAAGGACAGGCACGCAAAGGGCAAGGCCAAGCAGAUGGAGGCAACAGCUGUGCAAGGCGCUCCUGAUCCCAUUUGGACCCUCAAUAACGCCAAGAUCAGCAAGAUACGACCCGCGCUGUCCUCACAACGCACGCCGCCCCACAACUCCCCUGAUCCAGCACGAGGCCUUUUCGUUCAAGACCUGUGCCUCACACCAAACCUUGACUCGAGCAAAGUCUUUCAAUGCUCGCAGGCCAAGUGCGCAUGUUGCGCCGAUCGCGACCACAACGGGGCCUUCAACAUGAUCGUCAUGUUGGUGGAUUUCUGGCUUGUCCGGCCCGCGUUCGAUGACAUUCUGAAGGUCGAAAUCAACGCAUACGUUCGUAUCUCGACCAAUACAUCCAUGUUGUACCAACUGGUUCUGUCGUCUGGUUCCAGUGUCCUGAAUCUGCAGACCUUGCUCCUUCACUUCCGACAACUCGGACAACAUUUUGUGAACAGGAGUGAUGGUGGUAGGGCGGGUUCGAGGGUGAACAAGCCGCAACAAGCCAGCAAGGCGCAGAACGCACAGCACGAGCACAGCCCUCGACACGCCCGCUGCACUUGCUUCUUGCAACUGACUCACUUUGCCAAUUUUGACUUUUCGCCUGGUGCUAUGGCCGACGAGGCUUUGAAAGAGCGCCUGAAGCUGCUCCGUCAAGGUCUGCAAUCCUCUGCGCAGCCCGCGGAAACACCUGCCAUCCUUUCUCCACGAUCAUCCGAUCUUCAAUCUUCCAACACAUCCACUCAAACGCAACCCAAUUCAUACCACCGCACCAGCAACGUCACACCAGCCGAGAGUGCCGACAAGGACGCGCUAUUGUUCGACAGACUGCGCAAGCUUCGUACGACGCAAGCACCACCAACCAAUCGCGACCACUUGGGCAAGCCCUCUCGACACGUGCAGUCCUGCGACGCCGUGUCCGUCCCCGCACGUCUCAGUGAACAGGACGCGAUUGACGCUCUGAUUCGAUCGACGCAGGACCAAGUGGAUCUCGAACGCUCUACCCAUCCCGAACUGCUCGAUUCCAACGACGCCCAGUCUGAUCAUCUAUCCGACUCGGAUCUGAGUGAAGACAUCGACAGUCUCACUCGCGAAGCCAACAACAUCGUCCAAGCCGCUCGCGACGAACUUUCACUCGAAACUCGCUCGCCUGUCUCAGACACUCCUAGCUCCCCACAAACCACUCGGGAAGAAGAGCCCGCCAUGACAGCCACACACCCCGAGAUCGAGUCUGCACUUGCAGACGCCUCCAUGGACUCUGAGCUGUUCGCUAGCCGAGACCCUCCUGUCGAUGCCGCAACUGCUUCUGCCCCUGUUAACCACGCCAAGGGCCGUCGCAAUUGGCUCGGCGGUCGAUUCUUCUUUGUGGCCAUGGUGACCUUGCUCAUUGUGGCCGUCUCAUCCAUUCCAGGCGCUCAUGCGUUCGGCGCCGGUAACAUCCCUUCUUUCGCCUACAUGGAGGGCAAGGCCUUCCGCCACGGCGACAUCGAGGACAUCCUCGAAGAGCUCGCCAAGAAGGUGGGUGGAUCGCUCUUUGGCGCCGCCAAGUUCGGCGGCCUCGACAUCAAGCGCAUCUACUUUGGCAACUGGCUUCGCGAUUACAGUCAGGCUAUGGACGUCGCUGGUCUGCAAAAGAUGAACAAACAGGCCAUCCUCAACAUCGUCAUGGUUCUCGGCUUCCUGGCGCAUGGCUACGCCACCGCCGAGUUUCAGGUGACCGACGACAGGCUGGGCGUCUAUCUGCCAGAGGAGCACCUCGACAACCCCAAAGGCUACGCCGAGGGCAAGGACGCUCGCCAGUACGACCCGCGCCUUCGCGAGCCCAUCAACCCGCAGGAGCUCGAGAUCGACCCGCGUUCCGGCAUGAAGAACUAUCUCGCCAACGAGUCUGGAAACUGGCGCACCGGCUCCGGCCUUAUCCGCCGCACGCUUGUGCGCGUCAUCGAGACUGGACGUCGUGCACGAGACUCGGGACGCGAGGCAGACCUGCACGAGGCCUACCGCCUGCUGGGUCAGGCUUUGCACACGCUCGAGGACUUCCCCGCCCACAGCAACUGGACCGAGCUCGCGCUGCACCGUCUCGGCCACCACAACGUCUUCCUGCACGUCGGCGACAACGUCAAGGUGCGAGCACCCGACGGCACCCAGGUCGCUCCCAUCGUCACCGGUACGUUUGGUGGUGCCGACUUUAUGCACUCGUUGCUGGGUGAGGCUCAGGACCACCUGUCCGAGGCUUCCAUCUCGGAUCUCAACAAGGCCAUGGACAACGCCAAGCAGAGGUCCCGAGGCGACAACCGCAGUCCCGUCCAGGACCUGCUCGGCAUGCUCGCCAAGGUGCCGGGCGGCGGCGACGACAGCGUGUCGCGCGACCUCCAAGACGUCUCGCGCGGCCCGGCGACCGAUCCUGCCAACAUGUCGCCGCAGGAGAUGUACGCCAACCUUUGGAAGAUCCUCGAGCUGCGCGACCGCAUCAUGAAGGGCAUCGAAGGCACAAUCGAAAAGAUUCCCGGCCUCAGCUCGCUCGUCGAGAAGCUCACCAACGAGCUCAACGUCUUUGUCUUCACGCUCAUCGAGCCAUACGCCAAGCCGAUCAUGCAGCAGGGCAUGAGCGCCUUCAAGCUCGGCUCGGCAGCCGUGAUCAACAAGGAGGAGCAGUUUGAGGUGUUUGACAAUCCGAAUGCUUCGGACCCGACGCACUCGAUGCUGUCCAAGGACCAUUUUGGCCUCAUCCUCAACGAGGUCGCCGGCAAUGUGGCCAGGAUCAUCGUGCGUCACACGGUGACCAAAGUCGUCAAGGCAUGGGACGACCGCGGCAUGGACCCGAACCACGUUGCGGACGAGUGCCUCGCGCCCAUGUUCCAUCCGUACUGGUUCAACGGCCAGGCGCAGGUGCAGAAGGAGAUGAUGGACUAUGUGUCCGAGUGGGCACGACAGCAUUCCACCGAGAUUGGCCGUCUGAGCAAGCAGAGCGUGCGCAACCACACCAACACGCGCAGCGGCAAGGCCGAGCCGCACACCCACGGCAGCGACCAGCCCAGCAUCGGCUCUUUCAUGGGUGGAAGCAGCUCGCAGGCCGCCCACAACUUUUCGAGCAACCACCACUAUGGCGGUGGCGGCCACGGUGGAGGCAACAGCGGAGGCGGUUAUCCAGGCAACAGUGGUGGUGGCGGAGGCGGCGGCGGCGGUAGCAUCGGCUCGCAAAUGGCAGGCUACGCGUCGAACUACGUCUCGAACCAGGUGCAUGGAUUCGUGGGCAGCCACGUGCCCGGCGGCAACAACAUGUUCCGCGAGCUUCCGGAGGGAGGCAACGACGCUGGACGCGAGCAGGGGCGUAGGCACGAGCAGGGAUCGUCGUACGACAACGACAGGCCUUCGUUCCCGCAGGCCGAGCCCACUGGUCACGACCGCUACGGCAGCCACGAGAGCGGCAACUACUCGGCGCCGGGCUAUGCGCCUCCUGGGGGAUUCGCUCCUCCUGGUGGCCCGCCCCCUCAGGGCGGAUACGGUGGUUCCCAGGGCGGGUACGGCCAGCCGGAAUACGGGCAGCAGGGCUAUGGUCAGCAGGGUCAAGGUCAGCCCGGAUAUGGUCAGUACCCUCCGCCCGGUGGACCGCCUGGGUCUCAGUACGGUCAGGGCGGCUACGGUCAGCAGGGUGGAUACGGUCAGCAGGGCGGCUACGGUGGCGGAUACGGCGGCGGCUACUAA